AUGGAUCCGCAAAAGAUUGUUCAUACCUUACAAGCCUCCCUACAGGCGGAACAUCGAGAAGAAGCCGAAAAACUGCUGAACGAGAUGCAAAGGAUGACUGGGUUUGGUCCGACUCUGUUGCAAAUAAUUUUGGAACCAUCAUUAAACUUAUCAAUACGUCAAUCUGGAGGCGUAUUUUUCAAAAACAUGAUUCUGAAAUCUUGGCGAUACAAAGUCAAUGAUGAACUAGAUGGUGAAUUGUUUUUCGUCCUAGAUGAUUCCGAUAAAAAUAAUAUUCGAAGUGUAAUCGUCGCCGCAAUUGUGAAUUCAGAGAUUCAACUGCAAUCCAUUCUAAAGGUGGCUCUUGAAAAGAUUCUAAGAGUCGACUACCCAUCACGUUUUCCCAACUUCGUUGAUCAAUUGGCAGGGACACUGAAUUCUUCCGAAUUUCGUGAAUUUCACGGAGCUUUAUCUUGUUUGCACGCUCUAAUUAAAGUGUGUGAAAACAAGCCAACCGAAAAGAAUUCUAUUAUUCAAAUUAUGGGUAAUCUUUUGCCGAUUCUCCAUCACAGAUUGGGAGUACUUGCCGCAGAUUCUUCUGAUAACUCGCUGAUUCUUCAAAAGCUUAUUUUAAAAAUAUUCUGCACUUUUACUAAUAGUUUUAUACAGCCUACAGUCCUCAAUGCUGAGUGGAUAACACAAUGGCAUAUUCUUCUUUGCUCCCUCCUUGAAAGCUUUACUGGAGCUGAUGACGAUGAUCAAAGUCUUUACUGGAAACGUCAAAAAUGGGUUACUCGCACCUUCUGUAUUUGGUUUAAUAAUUAUGGAAGCCCGGGAUAUGUCGCCUCUAAAUACAAUGCCUUUGCUGAUUGGUAUCUGAAGAGUCAUGUUCCUCCGGUUCUCACUUCAUUUCUCAAAAUUUGUGAUGCCUAUCGUCAAAAAACCUUUGUUUCAGAUAUUGUCAUGAGCGCGGUGUUCCAAUACUUUAGAUCAGCUAUGCUGCAUUCGUUCUCCUGGAAGCUUCUACUGGUUCAUUUCGAUUCCCUCUUGCGGGAUGUCAUAAUCCCAUGCAUCUCUUAUAAUAAGGAGACGGCUGAACUUUGGGAGGGGGAUCCAUUGGAGUUCAUUAGGUCUAACACCGACUAUGAAACUGAUGACACUGCUUGUGACGCAGCGAGGCUUUUCAUCAAAAGAACUUGCACCAGUCGCAAGCGUAUCUUGGAUAAGUGUAUGGAAUACUGUGUUCAGCUUCUCAACAGCGAUUUAUCUCCCGAAAUAAAGGAUGGUGCCUUCCAUUUGAUUGGAACAGUUUGUCAUAACCUCCUCAAAAAUAAGGUCUAUAAGGAGCAGUUGGAGAGUUUCAUGACCACUCAUGUUCUAGCUUUGUUUGAGGCCUCUGAGGGUUAUCGUAGAGCUCGGGCUUGCUGGCUGGUGGGUAGACUGUCCCGAGCUGAGUUUAACAAUAAGGAAAUCUUGUGCCAAAUUGCGGCGAUGUGUCGCCAUCUCAUGUGCUUGGAUCCAGACUUGCCUGUACGAGUUGCUGCAGCCAAAACCGUCUUUGCUUUGAUCAAUGACCAAGAAUCUGUUAAGUCCUUAAUGAGUCAAUACUUUCCUGAUCUCACUAUGCAACUCCUCAAACUCCUUCGCGAAACCGAAUUCGAUGAUUUGAAUACGGUGUUCCGUACAUUACUUGAGCAUCAAGAAAUUAUCCCAAUUUCUGUUCAAAUUCUUCAGCAUUUGUCUGGAACCUUCUUAAAGAUCGUUGGUGUUCAAGAAAAUGGUGUUGUAUCGCCAGAUGGUGUCGCAGAUGGAGGUGCCUAUAACGAAAGUCAAGAGUACCAAUGCAUGGUUGCCACUGGCAUCAUGGAAAACAUUGAAAGUAUCAUUUCUGUCAUGGAAGAUAAUGCUGAACUCGUAGCUGCCUCCGAAGGGGUUAUCGCCGAACUCAUUCAAAUUAUUCUCAAGAACGAAGUUGACGAUUUUUAUGAUGAGGCUUUCUCCCUUACCUGCUCCCUCACUUGCCAAAAAAUUUCUUCCACCAUGUGGGGUCUUUUCGAGUGGCUCUACCAGGCUUACAACAAGGAUGCUUCCGAUUAUUUCUCCUCCAUGGCCCCUGCUCUACACAAUUACAUUGAGAUGGAUCCAAAAGGCUUCCUUGAGUCUCAGGAGAGAGUUAAAAUGUUCACAAAUAUGUGCAUCAAGGAGUUGCAGAAGCUAGAAGAGGAUGAGGAUUCAGAUUCUGGUGCAACGCAUGCCGCAAAACUUCUCGAAGUUUUGAUUAUCAACUAUCGUGGUCAAUUGGAUAGCUACAUCCCUGAAUUCAUUGAGUGUGCUAUUAACACCAUCCGAAUUACUAGUUCUACCGACCUUCGCGUUCGUUGUCUCUUGAUAAUCAUUGCUUCAAUCAUCACGUCAUCCUCCCUUGUCCUUCCAAUUCUCUGCUCGCACAUGUGGCCGGAGACUCAGACUCCUAUUUUGGAGAAAGUUCUCAAACUCUGGCUCGACAGUAUUCACAAAUUCCAUGGAGUUCAUGACCAAAGGGUUUGCGUACUGGGCCUUUGCACUCUGCUCAAUUUGAGUCCUGAUCAGCGACCUCCAAUUAUUGAUGCUGGAUCUUCUCAAUUCUUGCCCAAUGUACUCCAUGUCCUCAAUGCUUUGAAGGAAUCCUACGCAACUAAGAGGGAACUUGAGAAAGAGGAAGAGGAAGAGGACGAUGAUUCAGAUGACGAUGAUGAUCAAUCAGAUGAAGAUGUUGAAGCCGUGGACAGUGAUGCUGACGUUGUUGACGAGGAAGGCUCCAAAUACUUGGAUCUGCUAGAGGCUGUUGAGGCUGAUCUUCAUAACGAAGAUGUGGACGAAGGUCUAGACGGUGAUGUUGGUGAAGACGAUUUUGACGAUGAUUACAGCACCAACUCUUUGAUUGAAGCGUAUACUACUGAACUGGACAAGGAGGAGAAUGAGAUGGAUGAAUAUGUGACAUUCUAUCACCUCAUGACCCAAUUGGAAACCUCGGAUACGGAUUGGUACCAACGUCUCAUAAGCUCCCUAACCGAGGCCCAAAAGUCGGAGUUCAAGGAGAUCGCUCAAACUGCGAUCAAUUGUAUGGCGCAUAAAGAAUCAAAGAGGAUUGAAAAGGCGGGUGGUUACAACUUCCAACAAACGGACGUUCCCUCCAGCUUCAACUUUUCAGGUGACCCGCCACCACAAGCUUAA